CUUUCGCGCGAAUGAGAUAACGAAAAGAAAAGGAACUGGAGUAAAUUAAAGCACAGUCACAAUACAAGGAUAUAUAAGUCUUUUGAAGUAUCCUUCUAGUUUCUUUCGUUUUCUCCACAUGUCUUUUAAGUAUUUCUCGUUUGAUUAUUUCACGUGAGCGAAAAUAGCGGUGAAUCUUGAAGAGGAACAGCAUGUGCUGAGUGGUAGGCGUAUAAUUUAUUUUGAUUAAGUAAUUAUCUCAAAAAUGUCGAAGAAACCAGGAGCUACCCAAGCAAUGCAUAAGGUCAUAAUGGUUGGAAGUGGAGGUGUUGGAAAGUCUGCUCUGACGUUACAAUUCAUGUAUGAUGAGUUUGUUGAAGAUUAUGAACCUACAAAAGCUGAUUCCUACAGAAAGAAAGUUGUAUUAGAUGGAGAAGAGGUACAAAUAGAUAUCCUAGAUACUGCAGGACAAGAAGAUUAUGCAGCGAUUCGUGACAAUUACUUUCGUAGUGGGGAAGGGUUUCUUUGUGUAUUUUCGAUAACAGAAGAUGAUAGCUUUCAAGCUACACAGGAAUUUAGAGAACAAAUUCUCAGGGUAAAAAAUGAUGAGAACAUUCCAUUUUUAUUAGUGGGAAAUAAAAGUGAUUUACAAGAAAAAAGAAAGGUUAGUUUAGCCGAAGCUCAAGCAAGAUCUCAACAAUGGGGUGUUCCUUAUGUGGAAACAAGUGCUAAAACAAAAGAAAAUGUAGACAAGGUAUUUUUCGACUUGAUGCGUGAAAUAAGGUCACGCAAAAUUGAAGAUAAGUCAGCAAGCAAUAAUCGAGGUAAAGACCGUACCAAGAGGAAGAAAAAGAAGUGCAUUAUUCUAUAGGUAUUCUUUGAUUUAAUGAGAGCAAUAGCUGCUCGCAAGGCACAGGAAAACCAAGGAGAUGGGAGUGAAC